AUGGGUUUGUUUGACAAAGUAAAGCAAUUCGCCAGUGACAAUAGCGGCAAUGAUAACAACAAUCAAAGAGGCUCCAACAACGAUGGUGACUUCGUUGACAAAGUCGAAGGUUUUGCAGGUAAAGACAGGGUUGAUCGUUUCCAAAACCAGAUUGGUAAGGAUAACUUUAACAAGGUAGAAGAGACGGUUCGUAAGACUUUUGGCAAGAUUUCGAUCAACGAUAAUUCAGAUUACAAAUCCUCAAAUGAUGAUUCUUAUGGCUCCAAUGACUAUGGAUCUAAGAACAACAACAAUUCCGGAGACAACUAUGGCUCUAACAACGACUACAGUUCAAAGAACGAUUAUGGUUCCAAUAACGAUUCUUAUGGGUCAAAGAACGACAACAGUGCUGAUAACAACUAUGGUUCCAACAACGAUUACAGUUCUAAGAAUGACUUUGGUUCCAACAACGAUUCUUAUGGGUCCAAGAACGAUUAUGGUUCCGGCGACAACUAUGGUUCUAAGAACGACUACAGUUCAAAGAACGAUUAUGGUUCCAAUAACGAUUCGUAUGGGUCAAAGAACGACAACAGUGCUGAUAACAACUAUGGUUCCAACAACGAUUACAGUUCUAAGAAUGACUUUGGUUCCAACAACGAUUCUUAUGGGUCCAAGAACGAUUAUGGUUCCGGCGACAACUAUGGUUCUAAGAACGACUACAGUUCAAAGAACGAUUAUGGUUCCAAUAACGAUUCGUAUGGGUCCAACAACGACAACAGUGCUGAUAACAACUAUGGUUCCAAGAAUGACUCCUAUAAGAGCGACUCUUAUGGCUCGAAGAAUGAAUACGGGUCCGAAGGCAAGCAUAAAAAGGAGCAUCACAAAUCGAAGCAGGAUUCUGACAGUUAUGGCUCCAACAACGACUCAUACGGAUCCAAGAAAGAUUCAUAUGGCUCUAACAACGACUCAUAUGGAUCCAAGAAGGACUCCUACGGCUCUAACAACGACGCCUAUGGUUCCAACAACGACACAUACGGAUCCAAGAAGGAUUCAUAUGGUUCUAACAACGACUCCUAUGGUUCAAAGAAGGAUUCCUAUGGCUCUAACAACGACUCAUAUGGUUCCAAGAAGGAUUCUUAUGGUUCCAACAACGACACAUACGGAUCCAAGAAGGAUUCAUAUGGUUCUAACAACGACUCCUAUGGUUCAAAGAAGGACUCCUAUGGCUCCAACAACGACUCAUAUGGUUCUAAGAAAGAUUCAUAUGGCUCGGACAAUAACUACGGUUCCAACAGUGACACUUACGGCUCCAAAAACAAUUACGGCUCCGGCAACAACAUUGGUUCAGGUAACUACAACGAUGACAACUUCGGCAGUAACAAUGACUCAUACGGGUCCAACAACAAUUACGGCUCGAACAACUCUGGAGACAACUACGGAUCGAGCAACUACAACUCCAACUCCAACUCUGGUUCAAAUAAUUAUAACUCUGGUGACAACUACGGCUCUAACAACUACGGUUCUGGUAACCAGACCUCUGGUAAUUAUGGCUCCAGCAACUAUGAUAACAACUACUAG